CCGUAUUUCUAGUUAAGAAACGAUCUGUCUCCGGAUAAAAAAAUCGCUGCUCGUCAUGAAAGACGAACUCAAGUAUCUCACGGGAUUCGGUUGUGAGUUCUCCAGCGAGGAUGAGCGCUGUCCAGGAGCACUGCCCAUCGGGCAGAAUAAUCCACAGAAAUGUCCAUAUGGUCUUUAUGCCGAACAACUAUCGGGCACAGCGUUUACAGUUCCACGUAGUCAAAAUAAAAGAUCGUGGCUCUAUCGAAUAAGACCCUCUGUCGUUCACAACCCGUUUAAAUCUUUCACUAGAAGCCAUGGUGCUGAAUCUUAUGUAAAAAACGAUUGGAACGAGACUUAUCCAAAUCCCAAUCAGCUAAGAUGGAAGACUUUUGACGUCCCGACUCGACGAGAUCCCGAAGUUGAUUUUAUCGAGGGUCUUCACACUUUGUGUGGUGCCGGCGAUCCCAAGAUGCGCCAAGGCGUUGCGAUACAUGUGUACUUGUGCAAUGCUUCCAUGAAGAAUAGAGCUUUUUAUAAUGCCGAUGGCGAUUUUCUCAUCGUGCCACAGUUGGGUACUCUGCAAAUUACCACUGAGUUUGGCAAGAUCCGAUGCGAACCGAACGAAAUAUGCGUUAUUCAGCAAGGAAUGCGAUUCUCCAUGACUGUCUUUGGUCCAAGCAGAGGUUACAUCUUAGAAGUCUUCGACAAUCACUUCCAGUUGCCAGAAUUAGGACCGAUAGGAGCAAACGGCUUGGCGAAUCCGAGGGACUUUCAAACUCCUGUGGCUUGGUACGAGGAUCGUGAGAUUGAUUACGAGAUCAUAUGUAAAUAUCAGGGAAAGCUAUUCGUGGCCAAUCAAGGUCACAGCCCCUUUGACGUGAUUGCGUGGCAUGGCAACUACGUACCUUAUAAAUACGAUCUUAACAGAUUCAUGAUUAUCAAUUCCGUUUCCUUCGAUCACUGCGAUCCUUCCAUCUUCACCGUGCUGACGUGCCCCACUAACAAACCUGGAACCGCUGCAGCCGACUUCGUGAUCUUUCCACCCCGAUGGUCCGUGCAAGAACACACUUUCAGACCACCCUACUAUCACCGAAAUUGCAUGAGCGAGUUCAUGGGCUUGAUAAAGGGUCACUAUGAGGCAAAAGAGGAUGGUUUUUCUGCUGGUGGUGCAUCGCUACAUUCCAUAAUGACUCCACACGGUCCUGAUAGACAAUGCUUCGAGGCUGCAUCCAAUAGCGAGUUGGUGCCACAACGGAUCGCUGAUGAUACGCAGGCAUUUAUGUUCGAAACCUCGUAUAGCAUGGCCGUGACGCAUUGGGCUAGUAAGCUUUGCAAUAAACUGGACAAUGAGUAUUACAAAUGUUGGCAGGAUUUACAGAAACAUUUUGAUCACACUGAUAAGCAAGCCAAAACUGCUUAAGAUAACAAUCUUUAUUGGAAAAAGGUUGAAUGCUUUACAAUUUUGAACUUCAUUCUUGUUGCCGUAUCCUUUUGUUUUUUUCUCGCUUUUUUUUAGUAUUACGUAACCGCAGAAUUCAUUGUGUAAUAAAUAGAAGCUUAUUACUUUACGUUAUUGUACUUCACUGUGAUAAAACACACUGUGUGUCCACAAUUCCAACAAAAAUCUUAACCUGUUCACGAGGAAAGCAGUAUAUAGUCUACAUUUCAGAUAAAUUUUUGACACCUCUUUUUUCGUCUUGCGGUAGAAAAAUCGCUAAGAUCAUUAA